GACAGCUGGCUGUGAACUGAUGUCCUCACUGUGUUUCUGAAGACUUCCUUUAGUGAGAAGCAGAUUAACUUUGUGCUUGUUGGAGUUUCUACAGGAAGAUGAAGAUGUUUGUGGUGUUUGUGAUCCUCGUGCACGUUUCCCAGCAUGCCUCAGCUGUGGAGCUGUAUGAGGGGGAGGAGUUUGUCCUGCUGCCCUGUGAGUUUCUCACCUUUGACCUGGACGACCCCACAGCGGUGUGGAGCCGCUACGAUCUUGAUCCUCCAACCGUCCACCAGCGUCAGCAGGAAGGUGAUGAACUUAAAGACCAAAACCAGCUUUACAGCGGCCGAACAUCCAUGAUGACUGACGCUCUGGAAACUGGAGACCUCAGCCUUAACCUAACAAAACUCCAGCUCUCCGACAGCGGCAGCUACACCUGCACCGUCAGAGCAGCAGGAGGACAAUGGAGAGUGACAGAGAUACAGCUGCAGGUCAAAGAACGAUUUCCAUCCUGGGCCAAAGUUCUCCUGGUUCUCCUGGUUCUCCUGGUUGCUGCUGGGUGUCUUUUGGUACAUUUCCGGCAGUAUUUCAUGUCAGUGUACCAGGUGGAGGUGGAGGAGGGGGUGGAGUCUGUCCUGCUGCCCUGCAAAACCACAGUUCACCUGCCUGAAGACGUAACAGUGGAGUGGAGGGACAGUUCAGUCUUCAACAGGAAGGUCCACGUAUAUAAGAACGGCUCUGACCAGCUUGAAGAACAGGACGAUCUUUACAGAGACCGAACAGAGAUGAAGAGAAACCUGCUGAGACCUGGAGACCUCAGUCUGACCCUGAAAUACCCCAAAGGCAGAGACAGUAACACCUACACCUGCACCGUCUACAGCAGGGAGAGACACAUCCUGAUGGAGAAACAAGUGGAGCUCGAAGUCAAAGUCUGUCAGGUGGAGGUGGAGGAGGGGGCGGAGUCUGUCCUGCUGCCCUUCAAGACCACAGUUCACCUCCCUGAGGACAUUAGAGUGAGGUGGAGACACUUUGAACCCCAAGCCAAAAAGACAGUCCACGUGUAUCAGAACGGCUCUGACCAGCCUGACCAACAGGACCAGGUUUACAAAAACCGAACAGAGAUGAAGGAACACCUGCUGAGAACUGGAGACCUCAGUCUGACCCUGAAAUCCCCCACAGUAAGAGACAGAGGACGAUACAGGUGCAAUGUCUUCAACAGUGACGGAAACAUCCAGAGAGGGAAAACUGUUCAUCUCAGGGUCAAAGGUCAGUAUGCAGACUGAGGUCAGACCUCCCACUGCAUGAAAAGCGUGAUUUUGGUCCCUGUAAACUGCCUUGACUCCCACUAGUCCUUGGCAGUUAUUGUCCUGGCUUUAUCAGUUUCACAAAGGGCAAACCAGGCUCAGGAGGAGCGACUAUGUCAAGCCAGGUGUAAGUAAUUGAGAUAAAUGUGCUUCAACAGAUUUCUUCACGAGACCACAUAGUCGCUCACAGAUUCAUUGAUGCUGAAAUGGAAAAGACGUGUGCAGCAUACUUUACAGCAAAGGAAGGUUAACGAUGACAAAAAGUAACAAGGGCACAGCAAACAAUAGAGGGGCGACUGAUGAAGUAAGUAGCUAAACAUAUCACUGCUCUUAACUGAA